GGAUCCCUCUCCCUCCCCCAUUAAAGAAAGGCUUUCAUGUUUUAAAAGCACCCCAUUCUCUCUCUGACUCUCUCCUAUGAACAAGAGGGAGGUAGCUUCUUCUGCACCACUCCUCUUCCAUUUUCUAGCUCUUCUUUUCAUGGCACUCCUCACUUUCUUACCUGAACCCACGGAAGCCAAAAAAAAACUCUCCAUCUCCAAGUCCAAACGCAAGAGAAAGCCGGAGAAGCUCAAGCAAACCUCUUCGUGGGACCAAAUCAAGAACUUGCUCACUUGCAAGGAGAUCGAAGGGUCGAGAGUUCAUGACCCAUCUAAGAACCCAACCGGGAAUUCCAAACUUGGGUCUUGCAGUUCUAUAUGUAGUUUCAGAGACGUUGUUCAUGGGAACACCAGGGUGGUUCAUAGAGCAGAUAACUCGCCGGAGGGUAGCACUGUGGGUCAGGAAGCUGGGCUUCUUACCCGAAAAGCUGCUGCUGGGUCAUCUUCUUCAAGGCAUUUAUCGAGUUCAGAGAGAUCUAAUGGCGGGUCAACUUGCACUGGGUCAUCUAGAGGCAUGCAGCUGAGGAAGCUUUCUGGGUGUUAUGAGUGCCACACCAUCGUUGAUCCUAGCAGGUACCCAUUGCCCAGAACUAGUAUAUGUGUUUGCUCCGAGUGCGGAGAGGUCUUCCCAAAGAUUGAGAGCUUGGAACAUCAUCAAGCAGUUAGGCAUGCUGUGUCGGAGCUAGGUCCAGAUGACUCGGGUCGCAACAUUGUGGAGAUAAUCUUCAAAUCAAGCUGGCUCAAGAAAGACAACCCAAUCUUCAAGAUCGAACGGAUAUUAAAGGUCCAUAACACCCAGAGGACAAUCCAACGGUUUGAGGACUGCCGAGACGCAGUGAAGAUCCGUGCAAACAGCAACACCAAGAAAAACCCCAGAUGCGCCGCCGACGGAAACGAGCUGUUACGCUUCCACUGCACGACCCUCACGUGCUCGCUCGGCGCACGUGGCUCGUCCAGCUUAUGCGGCUCCGUACCCGGCUGUGGAGUCUGUACCAUUAUACGACACGGCUUCCAAGGCAACAAGACUGGUGGGGUACGCACUACCGCUAGUAGUGGUAGGGCCCACGACUGCUUGGAUUGUACGGACGGUCGUAGGGCCAUGCUGGUGUGUCGUGUGGUCGCCGGGAGAGUGAGGCGUAUAGCGGAUGAUGCAGCACCGGAUGAGGACAGCGUGACUUCGGCUGCCAGCUCAUACGAUUCUCUAGCCGGCUAUGCUGGGAUUUAUUCGAAUCUCGAGGAGUUGCAUGUGCUCAAUCCAAGGGCUAUACUUCCGUGUUUUGUAGUGAUCUAUAAAGCCCUUGAAUCUUAGCUUCUUCGCAUUUGGUUGUAAUUUAUGUUGUAAUAAUAGUAUUGCUAUAUUUUCUGGUUAGCCAACUAAGCUGACCACCCCCUAUAUCUGUCUUGUAUAUGAUUGAUUACUCAUUUGAUAUUGUUAAUUUUCUUGCAUUUUGUUUUGUGAAAUACGAGUUCCUUCGAUAGUUAGUGUUGUAAUAUCCGAAGUUUGAUGUCCUAAGUUUGACCAUUACGAGAGAUUUAUAAGUUAUUCAAUGUGGG